AUGACUGAAUCUAAGCGUGUUCCUCUCGCUGAUAAGACAAAGCUAUUUACCAACUCUCUUCGACGGAGUAAUGUAUCAAAGAUCACGAAAAUCUUCUUCAAGAAAGGGCAUGGACAUGAUAGGAAUAGUCGCAGCAGAGGAAGUGCUAAUAUAGCGUCGUUUAUUAAGUCGUUUUCGGCACCAAGCUCAAAGCAAAAGGGUAUGGAUGGCUCUGAGAUUACCAAGAGUCUGGUGUACACUGACAGCACUGCCAAAAAGUCUUAUAGCACAAGCGACGUGGUACCUCAGCGUAGUAGUGUUCGUGUGUUCCAUACCGAUGGGCCACUUUCAGGUCAAUUGACCAAAGAACAGGGCCGUAUAAAUACUAUGAAUACGAUUCUCGCGUAUGAUCAACCAAUUUUCACUACAGGUGACGUGGCAGAGAUUCAGAAAGCUGUCAUAGUGCGGCUUGUUAACGACAUGUCUAAGUCAUUUAAAUUGGUACAACUUCUGGACAAGUCUCUGGUGGGGUUACUCAAUUUCCAGAAAAUAUGGAUCAAGAUUAAACCUGGUGAUAAGUUGAAGCUUAGCAAUGAUUUCUUUACUAUUAAACUGGACGGGGAGGAUAUCUGCUGUUACUAUCGUUGGUACAAAGUCGUCUUCAGUCAAAAAUAA